GGUUCCCCUCGCCGGAAACUCCCGAGCGUGCUCGGGGUGCCUCGGCCGCCCUUCCGCUCAUGGAGGCCGCGAGUUCGAGCCCCGCGGGCAGCCCUUGCUGCGGGCUGUGCCAGGCCGAGCGGGCCCCAUACACCUGCCCGCGCUGCCACCUCCGCUUCUGCUCCGUGCCUUGUUACCGGGAGCACGGCUUCUGCGCCCGGGACUUCCAAAACCGAGAGCUGCAACUGCGGCUCCAGGGCCAGCGGGGGGAUGUGAGUGCGCGACGCCGCCUGAAGGAGGCCCUUCUCCGGCUGGAAGAGCUACGCGACCCCGGGGAUGCAGACCCCGAUCUAGGCCUCGACCCGCACGGGGAGGACCUGUGGGACCAGCUGACCCCUCAGCAGCGCCAGACUUUCCAGCAGCUGCUGAGCAGCGGGAAAAUCUCGGCAAUUUGGCGCCCCUGGCAGCCUUGGUGGGCUGUGGGCAACCGGGGGGCAUCCCUGAUCCAGGAGAUUGGAGCUGAGGAUGCCCCAGACUCGGAGAACUCCUUGCAACAGCAGCCGCCGCCUGGAGCCACCCAAGGCCUGGAGGCCUCACCCCGUCUUCCAAAGGAAGGGACCGUGGCAGGAGACCCGAGUCUUCCUCUGGCCCGGGGGUCGAAUUCGGUGCCCGCCCUGCCUGGGGUGAUCCCGCCGCUGAGCACCCUCACCAGCGCCCCCGUCUCCCCUCUGGUUCGCUUCCAGCUGCCCAACGUCCUCUUCGGCUAUGCGUAUGCGCUGUCGCUGUACAACGGAGAGGCCGACGAUGCCGAGCUGCUGCCCGAGUUCUGCGGGACGGUCCUGGACCUCUCGGCUGCCCUGGGGGCCCAGCGGGUGUUCUCCUCCACGGGGGAGGCCCUGCAGGCUGCCCUCCAGGCAGUCACGGGCAGCCUGUACCCGGAGUGCCCGCUGGGGAACGCCGGGGUGAUGGUUGCUGUGGCCCAGAUUUUGAUGGGGCCCUGCCAAGCCGAGCAGAGCAGGUUCAGCCUGGCUGCCCUCGCUCACCUUUCCAGGCUGCUGGGCAGAGCGAAGCGGCAGGUGCCCUCCGAGGACCAGCCCAGGAUGUACAAGGCCAAGAAGAAAUGUGAAUUCCUGCUUUCUUGGGUGAAGGAGCAUGGGGAGGAACUCACCCUCCUGGCUUUGGAAGUCCAGAGGGAAUACAAGGCCCAUCGGGAGGCAGCCAAGGAGGUUGGCGGUAUCACCCAGGAACUAGAGAAGAUGUGGGGAGGGAAACUCCCCCCUUCCAAAAAGCCUCUGAUGGAAGAAUUGGACUGAAGGCGCUUCUGCAAAGGAUUAGAUGCUUGAUGCCUGACUCGUGGAUAGGAAAGGGCCUGGGGAAGAAUGGGACCCUCUCCCUGCCAGAAACCUGAUUGGUUUUGCGUUGCAGCACAGGUUUCCCAGUAGCUGAAGCAAAACACAGGCAUCAGAAUGGAACAGAUGAGCCUGGUUUUUCUCCCCCUAAACUGGACACAGAUUGGGUGGUAAGAGUGGGAGGGUGGUAAUUAAAAAAAAAAAAGAUA